AUGGACCGUCUCCUCGACGACGGUGGCACUCUGGCCAAGGACCCGACACUAUUCGAGCUGAAUGCCGGUGGUUACGACGGCGAGUACUACCAAAACAUACCGGAUUUCGAAUUGGAUGACUAUAAUCACUAUGAAUAUAAGGAAAAUGAAUAUACGGAGGACACUCGACACUUGUUUUUGGACGAAAAACACGAAAUGGAAAGACGAUGGGAGGCGGAGCUUGUCAGGGAUCUUGAUGCCAUUUAUCAUCGUGGUAGGGGUACGGUAGUUGUCGAACCUGAGAGUCUCGAAGCGAAAACACCGAAAAAAGAACCAACAAAAAAUCGAAAACGACCGGCUGAGACCACGCACCUCUCCGAAUACAUCGACACCUGUCAACUCUGCCAUAACAUUUACAACGAAUUAAAAAAUGCGGGGAUUCCACAAGCGUUAUUCGCCAAAUGUGUACUCGGACGGACUCAGGGGACCCUAUCGGACACUCUCAAAAAGCCAAAACCAUGGAAUGAAAUGAAACCAUCCGGGCAGAAGAUUUAUCAACAGAUGUAUGAUUGGUUGGCAUUGUCGGUCGAUGAGAGGAUGGCAAUGUUGAAAGAGCCGCUUGUAAACGAGGAAGUGAAAAAUGACGCCUCGGAACCGACCAAAAAGCGAUUCGUAUUCAGUGAGAUGCAAAAGAAUACACUCGACUCGUUGUUCAAACAAGAAAGAAAUCCAGAUCAGGAAACUAAAGUGGAUAUUGCUCAACAGUUGAAUUUGGACAUCUCUCAGGUUAACACCUACUUCAUGAAUGCCAGAAGACGCAAUCGGAUUACUGGAAAUGAUAUCAAGAAGGUUAUUGAAUAA